AUGAGUUUUCCAGACUCAGAAUAAGUAAAAUCUAGUUCUUAUAUUAAUUAAGAAGUCUACGAUAAAACUCUCUAUGCCCUUUGCUAUUUGAUUCAACUAAGAUUAACAAAAUAGCUUAAAUAAGGUAAAUACAGAUAAGCAUUUUAUGAAUUUUUAGAAAACUAUGACUAGACUAAAUUUUAUAGCUAUUUCUAACUCUUAUAUUAGAAACUGACUUAACUGGAUUAAACACAAGUACAACAUAGGCACAAGAAAUAUUCUGUAGCUUUUAAAGACAUUGCUAGGUAUCUUGGAUUAGGAAAUCAUUCUGAGUAUGACAGCGUUUCUACAAAUUCAUCCAUGUCAUUUGUUAAUCAGUUAAACGACAGCAUGAUAAGCACCAAUCAAUCAUUGCUAUUUCAGAUAUAGUCAGGCCAGUAAAAGCUGCUGAGUAACGGCAAUACAAACAGUCACACUAGUAGAAAUCAAUCCUAAUUACAACGAAAUCAUCCUGCUAAAACAGAGAACGACAGUAGCAGAAGCAAAAUUGAAGUAUAAUCAAAUAAGGAAUAAGAAAAACAAGCCAUCAAUUCUUAAAAGUAAUAGCAUCAAGAUAUAAAAUUUAAAACUAUGAGCCCAAUGAGAAUUAACUCUAUUAAGAAUUCAAGAAGUAAUAGUCGCAAAGAUAAUGUAUCGAUCUAAUCACAUUAGUAGAAGCAGCGGAAAUAAAACAUGGUUAAUAAGAGUUUUAAUACAGAUCUAAAAUCAACAAGCUAGUCUAAUAGGACUAAUGCAACCAAACAAAUAGACACUAUUACUUAGAGUUCAUUUAGCAAGCAAAAUAAAAAUAAUUAAACUAUAAACUAGAAUACCAGCAGUAGAGACAAGAAUAAUACCACUUUAGAAGUAAUCAGAAUAAAUCCUUGGAAAAGAACUCUACUUGAUAGCUUUGAGCACAUUAAAUCAACAAGACAAAAGAAUGCCAAUAGAUUUGUGCCCCUUAAAGAAAUCACUGAUGACUUAAUGUAAAUAAAGCUAUUCCAAAGUUAUGACCAAGAAUAGGAGGAUGAUUUAAGCCCUUUCCAAAUGUAUUAAUAAUAGCAAAUAUUUCAAAAAGAAAGCAAUCUUUAAAAAGGAAAGCACUCCAAUGAUAGCAUAAAAAAGAAGUUAGAAUUGAAUAUGUAAAAUUUUGAUGUCCUACCUCCUUUUAACUAAAAGUACCAAACUCUAACUCCAGCUCAGUUAAGAUAUUACGAGUCUUUGAAUCCAUCUGUGAUCUAAAAUAUAAAUAAUUACAAUCACAAAUACUUAUACAAAGAGGAGAUAUCAUAAAUAAUCCAGGAGGAGGAUGAUGAGUAUGAUCCUUUAAAGAAUAGUUAUAAUGUUACCAAAAAUAGAUUCAAAAGAACUGUAGAUUAAAAAUAGUAUUAGACAGAGGACUUACCCCCAUAGAUAUUAGUGUAGUCAUCUGAGCAGCUAAAUAAUAAAGAUUUAAAGUCACAAUAUAUUAGGUAGUCUAGAAAUGAAACUAAUUCGAUGUCUGUUGGAGGAAGUAAUGGUUUGAGAAAUAUGCUUAUUAAUCAGAGUUUUGAGAGGAAAAAUCUAUCAUAGUAAAUAAGUAACUAAGCUAUGAAAUCAAAUAUGAUGAAUAAGCUAAGUAAACUUAGAGUAAAUAAGACUAAAAUUUAGUAAAAAAGGCUCAAUAAUUCUGAGAGACAACCUUAAGUUGCUUUAUCUAUAACAGAUUAAAAACCAUCUAGUAAUAUAGAUAUUAAUAUUAGAUAUGAUGAUGUAAAAAUUGUCUGA